AGCAGUUACAGUAUUUAGUAUAAAAAGUUUUUAAAAGAAUCAUGACUCAAGCUGGGACGUUUACAUGUUUGUUUACAGAUUUAUUUAUUUAACCCUAACCCUAACCCUAACCCUAGCCCUAGCUGAGAGCUGCAGACAGUCUGACACUGAGUGACUCGCCGCCCUUCCCCCACCGGCCUCUGAUCGCGCGCGCGCCUCCCGCCCAUCCCCCACAGCAGCAGCGCAGCAGCUUCAGUGCAGAGUGAGAUCAACUCUGAGGAGAGAUCACAAGUGCUGCUCAAAAGAUGGAAUAAUCUGUCGUGGCUAUGCGUUUUUAAAGCACUUUUACAAGAUCUAGCAGCUUUUCCUUCCUUUAUAUUUAAUAUAAAAUACCAUAAAUUAAAAAAAAAAAGAUUUAAAGAAAAUGCUGUUAAUAAAGUGCACGUUAAAGUUUAUUUUAGAGCCUCGAAAUAAUCCACACAUCUCCCUGAUUUUAACUCAAACAUUUGAUUAAAUAGAAUUAGUAAAAAUUAAGAUAUGUGUUCCAAAGAGAUCGUUUAAAAGUGAUCAUGUGCUCUGUCCAUUAGAAAGACGUACGCCUCCGUUUUUAUUUUAUUUUUUAUUUUUUUAUUUAAGUUUGAAGAACCAGUACUGUAAAUAAAACAAACAAAGAUCUAGGUGUUUGCCAAAAUAUUUAUUAGGUCAAAUAAAUGUAGUCACAAUUUCAACGUGAAAUCCAAAUACGUAACUACGUCACGUACACACGUCAGCUGUGGAUGUGUUUUCCCGGGAAAUGCAGUCACAUGGCAUUGCUUGACGCGAAAAAGACGACAACCCCCAUCAAUGGACGCUGGAGAGAAAUAAUGCUGAAAAGCAAAAGGCGUAAAACACCUCUGCAGGAUGCAGAGGAUCACAUGACCCGUAGAGCUGAUAAGCCUGGGCUUCAAGAGCAGUUCAUCAGCAAAUAUAAAGGGCGUGGGGUUUUCACCACUAGAGCUUUUUUCAGACGUGAUUUCGUUCUUGAAUACAGAGGUGAACUUCUGAGUUCAGAAGAAAGUCUUGACCGAACUGAACACUACACUGAGGCCGAGAACGCGUUCCUGUUUGACUUUCAGUGGCGUGGCAGAAAUUGGUGCAUGGAUGCAUCUAAAGAAGACUGUUCCUUGGGAAGACUUGUAAAUGACGAACACAGAAAUCCUACUUGCAAAAUGAGAACCCUUGAAGUGAGCAGGAAACCUCACCUGUGUCUCUUUGCUGUGCGAGACAUUCUACCAGGGGAAGAAAUCACUUUCAAUCACGGAUACUCAGACUGGCCAUGGCGAGUCAAGCCUUUGAAUCAAGCAUCAACUGAAUCCUCUGAUAAAAAGCCAUCCAUCAGUUUGGGUCUGCAGAGAUCGCCUCAUUGUGCUGCUCCUGUUUCUUCACCUGGAUUGGACGAGGUGAACAGCAGUGGUCCACAUAAGCAGUCAGGCAAAGCAAGAACAUCAAGAAAAACGUCAUCCUUAGUCGCGUCUGCAACUGAUGCAUCCUCUUCAUCGGCACCCUGUGCUGUGUCCACCUCUGUGAUGACCUCAUCACCGUCACCGUAUUACCGGUUACCAGAGGGGACACUGCAGUUGGCAAAAAUGAGUAAAGUCCUAAUGGCCAUGGAGAAAGGAACACUGUCUGACUUCAAAGGAAAGAAACAUGACGACAUUGAAAUUGACCCAAAUGAGCAACUUGAGGCUCAAGGUGAUUCCAUGUCAAGUGAUGAGGAGGAUUACAGUGACGUAUCUCAGACAACAGCACCAGCAGAGACUGAUCCACCUGUUCAAUCUGAUCAAUCUGUUUCACAAGAGGAUCAAGGUUCUUCAAAUGCUCCAAAAAAGAAAUGGGAGGACAAUGAGGUAAAAGCAGUAGAGAGACACAUGAUGAAGUUCAUCAAGACAUGCAAAGUUCCUGGUAAGCAAGACUGUGAAAGAUGCAUUCACGCAGAGCCAGAAGCUUUGAAGCAGCGAACAUGGACUCGUGUGAAAAAUUAUGUGCGGAACAGGAUCACGACUCUUAAAAGAAAGGGUGGUUUGUGAGGAGGCACAAACACAAAAACACUUCAGUGCCUUUUAUAACUUCUUUACUGUAAAAAAAUAAAUAUAUAAUAUAUAAAAAUACUGUAAAAAUAUAAUAUGAUGUGGAAAGUGUUAAAAGUAUUAUUUGACUUAUUUGUGUGAAGAGAGUGGCUCAACUAGCGACCAGCUCAUUGAAGGUGCUGUACAUUAACGUUGUUAGCAAAAGACUGUACUGCGAUGUUACAUAAACUAAUCAAAAAUAAUCUGUACCAUUUAUCCCAAGUAAAAUAAUCCCAUAUUAGCUCUUAUAAAUAUAUUUUACAUGCCAUCUUAACACUUUUAAGCACAUUCUCUUUUUGUAAGAAAUGGAGGAAAAAUGAAAAGAAAUUAGGAUAAAGGUGUAGAAAUUGUUUUGAGGAUGGAAUGAAGCAGAAUAUCAAGAAAGACAGAGUAUAAGAACGCUAAUGAAGAAAGAAUAGUUCAUUUUCAAUUAGGGCUGGGCGAUAUAUCGUAUGCGAUUGUCACGUGCAUUUCGUCAGUAAAGUCGGUUCCCUGAUUACCG